AUGAUAGAACUAAUAAAAAUUCAUACAGGUAUAAACCUAAAAGAAGAAAUCCAAACAAUUUUAAAAAAAUACCAGAUAGAUUUAAAACAAAUAUAUAGCAUUACUGUGGAUAACGGCGCCAAUAUGCUGAAAAUGGUUGACACUAUGGCUAGAGAUCAAUUAAAUAAUGAUAAUGAUCUAUCUAAUUCUAAUGAAAACAAUUUAAGCCAGAUAUUAUUUAAUACAAGUGUAAGUUAUCAGGAAAAUGUAUGUAUUGAUGAUGAAAAUGUCUCCGUUUAUUCUGAUGAAGAAACACCAGAGGGUAUUGACGAGGAAAAUAUAUCAGAUGAUAUAAGCAAAAGCUUUGGCUUAAGUUGCAUUAGAUGUUCUGCACAUACUAUACAACUUGCUGUAAACAUGUUUAUCAAAAAAUAUUUAAAACUAGACUUAGAGAAAAUUCGUAUUAUAAUUAAAUUGAUAAAAUCUCACAAAUAUAAAAGAUUAUUUAUAAUGGACAAAGUUUCGAAACCCACGCUAGAUACUGUUACUAGGUGGAAUAGUACUUAUCUAAUGAUGAAAAAUCUAAUGGAUAAUAAAACCUUUUAUACUAAAAUGGGUGAAUUAUACCCAGAAACUUUUAUUAGUUUCGAUUUAUGGGAUAUUAUCCUAUUAGGUACAUCAGUCCUUUUCCCAUUAUACAAAUUCACAAUGAAAUUACAAAAAAGUAAUAUUGUAAUAGGUGAUUUUUUUGCUUCAUGGCUAGAAUGCAAAAUGGAGCUGGAGGAAAUGGAUAAUAAUUUAUCUAAAAGUAUGUUGGAAUGUUUAAACAUUAGAGAAAGCUAUCUUUUUCAAAAUGACGCAUUUCGUAGUGCGAUAUAUAUGGAUCCUAGAUUCCAUUAUGAAAAUGGAAAAUAUCCUUUGGAAGAAGAUAAAAUAUUGGCCAGGGAACAUAUAUUUGCAACUUGGAAACAAUUGCAAGCUAUUGACCCUCAUGAAGAAAAUACAACUCUAGUUAUGCCUUCCACUAGUGAUUAUAAAAAAACAAAACUUGACCUUUACAUUGAGCGUGAUUGCAAGAAGGGACCUAUAUUUUAUGAAUUAUGUAAUAGCGAUAUCAAGCUAAAAAUAAAAUCGUUAUUAUACAACAAAAGAUUGCCAUCCUCACAAGAUAUUUUGCAAUAUUGGGUUUCAAGAAAACACCAAGAUGCAGAAUUAUUUAAAUUAUCUCAAAUAAUUCUUGCUGCUCCUUGCACCCAGGUCUCAGUUGAGAGAGCAUUUAGUGCAUUGGCACUAACUGUAACCUCUCUAAGGACAAGAUUAGACAAAGAUAUACUUGAUGAUAUUUUAAUUAUAAAGCUUAAUCGUACAUUGUUAAAUAAUGUGAUAUUUUAAAUAAUUAUUUAUAUAACCUAUUUCAUUAUAAAGUUAUUGUUU